AUGGCACACUUGAAUCGACGACCGUAUGGGGGAUCCAGGAGGAAGCUGGUGCUGGCUUUCGACGUCGGCACGACGUACAGUGGUAUCUCCUACAGUAUCCUAGACCCCGGCCAGGUGCCUGAGAUUAAAGGAGUCACUAGGUUCCCUGCCCAUGAACAGAUUAGCGGCGCCUCCAAGAUCCCGACAGUUAUUUACUAUGACCGUGGGGGGAACGUCUGCGCAGUCGGUGCAGAAGCCAUGCGAGAAGGUAUCUACGAGAUGGCGAUGGACGAAGAUUGGGUCAAGACAGAAUGGUUCAAACUCCAUAUCCGACCCAAAUCCGGCGCCUCGCACCACGUCACAGCCAACAUCCCACCCCUCCCUUUGAACAAAACCGUUGUCCAAGUCCUCGCCGACUUCCUCCAAUACCUCUUCAACUGCGGCAAGAGCUACAUCCAAGACACCCAUGCCAACGGGCGAGAUCUCUGGGAAUCAGUGGAGAGUGAGAUCGACUAUGUGAUUUCGCAUCCGAAUGGCUGGGAGGGGUACCAGCAGAGCCAGAUUCGAGAGGCGGUGGUGUUGGCGAGGUUGAUCCCGGAUACACCGGCGGGUCAUGCGAGGGUGUCGUUCGUGACGGAGGGAGAGGCGAGUUUGCAUUUCUCAAUCGAUAAUGGGCUUCCGGCCGGCGCUAUGCAGAGCGGAGAGGGUGUGGUAAUUGUGGAUGCUGGAGGGGGCACUGUGGAUGUUAGCGCUUAUGGGAAGAAGGCGUCCACUGCCCCUGACAAAGCGCCGGUGUUUGAGGAAAUCGCUGCGCCACAAUGCCACUUCCACGGAUCCGUUUUCGUGAGCAUCCACGCCCGCCUGUUCUUAGAAGGUUUCCUCGCCGAAUCAGACUUUGUAGAAGACAUCGACCACAUCGUACGCUGCUUCGACAAAUCUACCAAGGUCCGAUUCAGCAGCGACAAGCAACCACAGUACGUCAAGUUCGGAGGGACGAGGGAUAACGAUGAGUCGUGCAAUAUUCGAUUUGGACAGCUCAAGUUGGCUGGCACGGAUGUUGCCAAAUUCUUUGAGCCCUCCGUGAAGUGUAUUGUGGAUGCGGUUGAGGAGCAGAUUAAGAAUGGGCAUCAUACCAUCAAGCAUGUUGUACUCGUCGGAGGUUUCUCAGCGAGCGACUGGCUCUUCCACAAAGUCGAUGAGGCUUUGAAACCUAAAGGCCUGAACGUCAUCCGACCAGAGAACCAUGUCAAUAAAGCAGUCUCCGACGGCGCCCUCUCAUUUUACCUCGACCACUUCGUCACCACCCGCGUCUCCAAAGUCGCCUACGGAACCUUUUGCCACAUCCCUUACGACUCCAAGGACCCCGAGCACGUCAAGCGCCAAUCCCAAACCUUCAUCUCCGUCUCCAACUCAAAGCGCAUCGGCGGGUUCUUCCAGGUCGUGCUGCAUAAGAACACGCAGGUGUCGGAGGAGAGGGAGUUUAGGUAUGGGUUUUGGUACGAGUUUGAGAAUCGGGAGAGUUUGAAGAAUGUGAAGAGUGAGGUGUGGUGUUAUAAGGGGAAUAAUGCGAAUCCGAAGUGGAAGGAUGAGGAUAGUGAGAACUAUGCGAAACUGUGUACAGUAGAGAUGGACUUGUCGCAUCUUCCCAUCCAGCCACGGACAAGAGCGAACGGCACGAGUGGGAACUAUUGGUACCUCGAGUACAACUAUAUCCUGUUCUUCAGCGCUGUGGAACUUCGUGCUCAGAUUUCGUGGAAGGAGAACGGCAUCGAGAAACGAAGUCCAGCGAAGAUCGUCUUCGACCCCAACGACGUCUAA